UGGGAGGCACCAGUGUUUUGACCUCGUAAACCCCGUUCGCCAUUAACCAUUUAGCUCAGCAGCAAAGUCUUCCAUGGUUUUUUUAUGCCCAUAAACUCCUCCACCAAAUUCAAGGGCCAAAAACUAUUCCUAGAAGGCAAUACGGGAAGAACCCAUUCUUUCUUUAGCUUCCUUGUUUCUUGAUCUGAUCUUUGUGUUGUAGUCAACUGUAGUGAAAGACUUUGAAGGUUGGUCCGCCGUGGUGGCCAUGGCGGAUUUUGUGAAACAAAUCUUGGCAACGCCAAUCCAAUUAGCUGACCAAGUCGCCAAGGCCGCAGAAGAGGCCAGUUCGUUCAAGCAGGAGUGUGCGGAGAUUAAAUCCAAGACCGAGAAGCUUGCCGGGCUUCUCCGGCAGGCUGCCAGAGCCAGCUCCGAUCUCUAUGAGCGACCCACCCGGCGGAUUAUCGACGACACCGAUCAAGUCCUCGAGAAGGCUCUAUCCCUCGUGGUCAAGUGCCGCGUCAACGGCAUCGUGAAGCGCGUUUUCACCAUCAUCCCCACCGCUGCCUUUCGCAAAAUGUCCGCCCAGCUCGAGAAUUCGAUUGGGGACUUGUCUUGGCUGCUCCGCGUGUCAGCUCCGGCCGACGAUCGUGGCGACGAGUACUUGGGUCUGCCUCCUAUUGCAGCAAACGAGCCAAUUCUGUGUCUCAUAUGGGAACAGAUUGCGAUUCUUUCUACGGGUUCGCUCGAGGACCGAUCCGAUGCGGCGGCUUCACUGGUUUCCCUUGCCCGGGACAAUGAUCGGUACGGGAAGCUGAUCAUUGAGGAAGGUGGGGUGGGACCCUUGUUAAAACUGAUCAAAGAGGGCAAACAGGAAGGGCAAGAGAACGCUGCCCGGGCGAUUGGGCUACUGGGACGCGACCCGGAAAGCGUCGACCACAUGAUCGUCGCGGGUGUAUGUUCGGUGUUUGCGAAAAUCCUCAAAGAAGGCCCCAUGAAAGUC